AUGGAUCCAACACCUGAAUAUUCCCUCUUCCUGGAAAGGAUCUUGGAAGAGCUAGACACAAAGCACAGCAGUGUUUCUUAUCAGGAUCUGUGUAAAUCCCUGUGUGCCAGGUUUGAUUUGGCACACCUGGCAAAACUAAGGAGCCUUCUGUUUUAUACAGCUUGCUUGGACCCCAGUUUCCCUGCAACCUUGUUUAAAGAUAAGAUGAGGUGCUCAAUGGACAACCAGCAAUCCAAGAAGAUAAUGGUCGCAGCAGACAUUGUCACCAUGUUUAACUUGAUUCGAAUGAAUGACCAGGAAGCCAAGGAAAAAUUACCCCAUGCACAGCGGCCCAAAUUCCAUAAACAUCAAUCUAUCGAAUCAUGUCGGUCAGACUCUGAAAUAUGCAAAUAUUCGGACUGCGUAACAAACUGCGAUUUGUUAGAUGCCAUGGAGCACUCAAGCUCCCGCACGUCACCAUGUCCCAAAUCAAACUGCAGCAACUCAAAGCAGUUCAUUCCAACCUCUGAUCCAAACUUCUUGCUGGGAGUUAAUAAGGAAAUUAAAUGCAGGGCUGCUUCACUUGACCGGCUUCAGAUGCUGCAUCAGUUUUCAAACAGCAGUCCUCCACCUUGUGAAAUGCAGAGCACCUACUUUCCAAUGGACAUCGACAGCGAAUCCACAGAUCAGGACUCAUUGCAUAUGAAUUUGGGGAUUAAGGAGACUUUUAUUUCAAAUGCGGAGCCUUUUACAGUACACUCCUGUGUGCAGAAGAGAACUAUAUUCAAGGAAGACUUCCACAAUCUUGCUGCAUUUACACCACAGGUCCUCACUACAGAUUCGCAGCCGAGUGAUAAAGGGGUGGGAGGGCACAACAGGAGAGAGACCCAUAAGCCAGCUACUUUUUUUAAUCACAGUUUUGAACUGCCAUAUAGCAAUCCCUACUUUGAGCCCAUAAGCUCCCCCGUACAAGAGAAAAGACGAGCAAAACAUGAAAGUUUGGAUGAUCUGCAAACAUCCACUUAUUUUGGACCCACCACUGUGAUGGAAGCCCCGAACCUAAGAAGACCAUCAACAAGGCAGAGCAGACAAACAGCCUGGCCCGUCAAAAGUUUGAGUCUGAACACAGAAGAAGGACCCAAUUUUGAAGAAUCUUUUUUUAACGGAAAGCAGUCAAAAGAUAACCAUCGUCUGAAUGUCAGCAACAUAGAAAAGGGCCAGCAUUACCAAUGCUCCAAAGAGCAAACAGCAAUUUCUCCAUCAGGGUUUGGUAUCAAAUCCAACGGUCAAAAAACAAAAGAAUUGAGUUCCAAGUCUAGCGGUCCUUCUGUGGAAAAGAGAGACGGCAUGAAAAGGUUUAAAGACAAAAGUAUGAAUUGUACAUCUUCGCAGGCAGUGGAUAUAGACAACACUUCAAGUGUAGGGACACAAACCGAUCAACCUGACCAGAGAAAGAGGAAGGAGUUUUCUAACACAAAUACAAAGUAUGGAGAAAGGCACACUUUCAUGCAUUCUGAGGAGGAUUCAGAAGUGGUCAGUGAUGAUAUCAGUGAUAUAUUUCGAUUCCUGGAUGACAUGAGUGUUUCUGGCUCUACUGUUAUCCAGUCAUCCCGUUACAACAGCAAUGGGUCCCUCUCUCAAGUGACAAGAUCAGAAGGAGAUAGUUCACCUGAGCACAACAUGGUCGCAAAAUACAGCAAAAAGUUUGACAAAUUAUUUUAUUCACAAGAAAGUUCAGAUGAUGAUCUGAAGGCCAGUGUGUGCAAACUGGUCCUCAGAGUAGGAGAGAUAGAGAAGAAACUUGAGAGUCUUUCUGGGGUUCGAGAUGAGAUCUCUCAGGUUCUUUCCAAGCUGAAUAAGCUGGAUGAAAAGAUCCAAGAGCCGGAAACAAACAACAAGCAAAAUGAACUGGCCAGUGAAGAUCAUUCAGAUAAUAAUGUCUCACCAAGAAUCUUCCAGUGCCAUACCACUGGCCAUGCCAACAAACAGGACAACAACCCGGAAUGGUGUUCAGAUGUCAGUGGGACUAAUAGUGAAAGUUUAAGGGUUAAAGCUUUGAAAAAGAGUUUAUUUACCAGAAGGUCGUCCAGAUCCUUAACGGAGGAGAACAGUGCUACAGAGUCUAAAAUUGCGAGCAUCUCCAAUUCUCCGAGGGACUGGAGAGCUACCUCUUAUUCCAUCUCAGCCAGCGAGGAGAUGAAGGAAAAGGAGAGAGAAUGCAAGGAGCGGCACAGGAAGUCCAAAGAGGCAGACAGGCAGUACGAAAUCCCCCAGGCACACAGGUCCUCGAAGCAGCCGAAAGAUUCCUACUUGAUAGAGCAGGUCUUCAGCCCUCACCCCUUCUCCACAUCUGUCAAACCGCACAAGACCAACCCCCUCUACACGGACAUGAGGCUGACAGAGAUAUCAGAGUCCAAGCGACCCCAUCCUUCGUGGACAAUCGAGGAAUACAAACGAAACUCAGGGGAGAAGGGGAAGCUAGCAGUGCUGGAUCUGCAAACUCAAGAAUCUUUAAAUCCAAACAAUUUAGAGUUCUGGAUGGAGGACAUUUACACACCAGGCUACGAUUCAUUACUCAAGCGCAAGGAGGCUGAGUUCAGGAGAGCGAAGGUUUGUAAGAUUGGAGCUCUGAUCGCAGCGGCAGUCUGCACUGUUAUCUUGGUCAUAGUGGUCCCAAUUUGCACUAUGAAAUCAUAA